AUGAACUCAAAAUAGUUAAAAUUUUAAAAGGAGGUAGAAAAUCCUGAUAAGGAGAACGAAGGCUCUUAUUAAGGACAUCGAAAUCAUAAAAAAGGAAUUAGUUAUCUCCCUUUAACAGAUAUUACUGAUAUAUUAUAUCCAAAAAGAAGAGAAUGUGAAGUAUCAAUUAGGGAAUAGAACUAAUUAAAGCUCUCCCCCACUAUAUAAUUGAGAUGA